GCAAGGUUUUACUGAAUGGUGGAAGUAGCACUCAGCAGAUGGAAACGGAGCCAGAAGGGGUAUGGAGUGGGAAGGUGGUUUUCCCCUGGAGUCAGGCCGCUUAGCAGCCGGGCUCUCCUCCGACCGCCCUCAGCCAAACUCCGCGUUGUCCUGCCAUUCUGCUGUUGGUGGCCUGCCGGAGUCUGUCACUGUGUUCUUCUGCUGGUAAUUCAGAGGUCCGUGGGGCCAGCCAGCCUGAGCUUGCUCACCUUCAAAGUCUAUGCAGCACCAAAAAAGGACUCACCUCCCAAAAAUUCCGUGAAGGUUGAUGAGCUUUCACUCUACUCAGUUCCUGAGGGUCAGUCGAAGUAUGUGGAGGAGGCAAGGAGCCAGCUUGAAGAAAGCAUCUCACAGCUCCGACACUAUUGUGAGCCAUACACAACCUGGUGUCAGGAAACGUACUCCCAAACUAAGCCCAAGAUGCAAAGUUUGGUUCAAUGGGGGUUAGACAGCUAUGACUAUCUCCAAAAUGCACCUCCUGGAUUUUUUCCGAGACUUGGUGUUAUUGGUUUUGCUGGCCUUAUUGGACUCCUUUUGGCUAGAGGCUUUCCACAAAUGACUGGUGAUUCUUGGUUACCCAGUUAUGUUUCAAAGUGAGGCAGCUGAAAUGCUAAUAAGAACUCUUUCACCUGUAAUCCCAGCACUUUGGGAGGCUGAGGCAGGCGGAUCACCUGAGGUCAGGAGUUCAAGACCAGCCUGGCCAACAUGGCAAAACCCCAUCUCUACUAAAAAUACAAAAAAUAGCCGGGUGUGGUGGAGGAUGUCUGUAAUCCCAGCUACUCAGGAGGCUGUGGCUGGAGAAUCGCUUGAACCCAGGAGGUGGAGGUUGCAGUGAGCUGAGAUCACGCCAUUGCACUCCAAUCUGAGCAACAGAGCAAAACUCCGUCUUGGAAGAAAAAAAAAAAAAAAGAACUCCCUGUCCAUAUGUGGGGCCCACUGACAGGCAGGUUCUACCUUGGGGGAGCUGGGCAGGAAGCGACCAUAUACAAGGGUGCACCCAGGGCCAGUGUGAGGAGGGCUUUUCUCUCAGGCACUGACAUACUCACCCCUCCCAGCUCUCUUGGUUCUCAGCAGGAAAUCCAUGGUGUUUCUUUGGUGAUACCCUGCCCCCACUGUUUUAACUCUUUUUUUUUUUUUUGAGACAGGAUCUUGCUUUAUCACCCAGUGUGUUAGGCCAUUCUUGCAUUGCUAUAACCUAACACUGGGUAAUUUAUAAAGAAAAGAGAUUUAGUUGGCUCACAGUUCUGCAGGCUGUACAGGAAGCAUGGCACCAGCAUCUCCUCGGCUUCUGGUGAGGCCUUGGGCUGCUUGCAAUCAUGGUGGAAGGCAAAGGGGGAGCUGGUGUCUCACAUGGCAAGAGUGCGAGCAAGAGAAAGAGGUGGGGGAGGUGUCACACAUUUUUAAACAACCAGAUCUCAAGAGAGCUCACUGUUGCACAAGGACAGCACCAAGGGAAUGGUGUUAAACCAUCUGUGAGAAAUCCACCUUCACGAUCCAGUCACGUCCCACCAGGCCCCACCUCCAACAUUGGGGAUUACAAUUUAACAUGAGAUUCAGAGAGAACAACAUCCAAAUUAUCACUCAGGCUGGAGUGCAGUGGCAUAGACACGGGUCACAGUAGCCUUGAACUCCUGGGCUCAAGCAAUCCUCCAGCCUCAGCCUCCUGAGUAGCUAGGACCACAGGCACACGCCACCACACCUUACUAAUUUUUAAAUUUUUUGUAGAGAUGUGGUCUCCCUAAGUUGCCCAGGCUGGUCUCAAACUCCUAGGCUCAA